AAAAAACUGAAAGCUUGAUAAACAGCUGGAGUUUAGAGAUGUUUGGAUGCCUUGUCUCCGGACGUUUAGUAAGUAUCUCGUCAUAUUUCAUGAAGGGUAAUCGAGAGUAAGAUUCUGACAAUUACUAUUUGAAUUAAUUUUUAUGGUGAAUCAAACGAAGUGCGAUUAUUACCAUUAAUAUUCGUGACAGCUUGCAUGUGUUCAUCGUGUCUGUUUUGUUUCUACUGUAGGUGGCGUUCAUUACAUACAUGUACCAUUUUUUUACGUCUAUGAAAAUUGAAAUAUGUCGUUACAACUUUUUUGCACGUUAAAUUGAUGUCGAGUAAUAGUAAUCAUUAACAAAACUACUCCAUAAAACUAUAUCAUUUGUAUUAAGUGUGGUGGAGGCAUUUUCCGGGGGGAGGGGGGGGGGAGGGAGGGGGACUAACAGACUGUCUGAUUGCCAUUGUAUAAGUCAGAUUAUUGCAUAUUUUACUUACUAUAUAUCUGUCUUCUCAUGGGUAAGAACCUGGAAAUCAGCGUACCUUACUGCACAAUCUGUAGAUUGCACACACUAAUAUGACUAUGCAUCCAAUGUCCCAUUUACUGCUUUCUUUAACAUAACCUAACAAGAAUUUAUUAUUACAUUUGGCAAAAUUUGUGAUAUCUGGAACAGUUAGGGUUGAGGUAAAUGUUAUUGGCCUCAGCUUGUAACACUUAGCUUAACUUUGAUUUCCAGAUAUCACAAAAUCAAAAACAACAACAACCUGGAAAAUUCAUAAAGUAAAAAGGCCAUAGUGAGGAAAAUAAAUUAUUGAAUUCAAUUGGGUUGUGCCACUGUAAAGGGUAGGAUUUUAAGCAGUUUAAUCUGGGAUAGAGUAUCGCAAUCAGAUGAUUUCUGGUCUAGAAAUAGGGUAUCAUCUAUGGAAAUCAGUGUGACGUGAAAAACAGUAAAUUCAAUGUUAGUAAAACCUGAUUCGGAACCCCUAAGCAAGUUUAAAGGAAUUCAUUUAUCUGCUUUAUUUUUUUUCUCCCCAAAUCAUGAAAUUAAAGUAAAAUACUCCCAACAUACAUGUAAAAUAUAGUAUGAGGAAGGUUUUCUAAAGCUGUUGAGCAAAAAUUACUCCAAAUAGCAUUGCAAUAAGUUGCAGAUCAUAGAGUGAACAUGAUGUGAACUGCAGGAAUACAAAUGUAGAUGAAAUUAUGACCAUCACCGUUGUAAUCACAAUUUUAGCAACUGCAAACAAAGCCCCCCACCCCCCCCCCUAAAAAAUGAAAUCAAAUAAAAAUUCAGGGCUUUUUCAGGAUUCAAACCCAUGGCCUCUGCAUUAGUGCUGCAGUGCUUUGCCAUUUGAGCUAUGAAGAGCCAUUGUAUGCCUGCUCCCAAUGUAUGAUAGUCAUAACUAUCUUCAUUUAGAAACUGCAGGCUGUUGCCUCAUUCCAGGGUUAAGUUGUCUGCAGACUUUUGUAUUUUCAAAGAGUGGAAGUGAUCUGCUAAACCAUUGGUCCCAUAAACAACAGCAAGAACUUGACUCCCAUCCAGUACCUUGAAUUCUCCAAUCUCCGAUGCUUAAUGAACACCCUGGAAAUGGAAUACUUUUUUUAAGAUCGAAGAUCCCAUAAACCUAUACCAUGCAGAGCGGCACAUACUGAGUGAGCCAAACAUACCAGUCCCCCCCCCCCAAAGCGUGUGUGUCCAUCUGUAAACUCCCAAGGGAACCAUUUUCCAUAUAUGGAUGCAAAGAAACAAUGCAUUUGUUAAUGACGACAUACCAUCAAGACAUCAUGACUAUCAAAAUAUGCACAAAUGUUCUUGUCAACCGUUUAAAGUCUUCAUGCUAAAGAUCGAUUUCACUACAAUAUUCUUGAAAAAAACAAUACUUAAUUCUCAGUGAUUGUAAUAGUGCUUUAAUAAUAGUAAACAUUCCUUUUGUACGUUACCAAGCACAAAUUUUAAGACAGAUAAUACAACUAUGAAUGUAUUUCUGAGAAUUUUUCUGUCUUUUUAUACUUUCUCCUUUUAUUCAGCUGGCAUGAUCUGUAACAUGUGAAAGAUGAAACAUGAUCUAUGAAGUCAAAAAAUUAUUUCAUGGAAAACAACAGAAUGACUAGUGUCACGAUCUCAAAACUGGAGAUUGUGUGAAUUAUCAGGAAUUACAGGAAAAUACAUAGAUUUUUCAAAAAUAAAAUUAUUUUGUCGAAGGGAUAACAUUUAUUAAAAAUCUAAAUAUAGAUUUUACUAAGAACACAAUUAUUUUUUCAGAAUUUUGUGGCUCACAGCUACUUUGACAUUUAUUUUAAUGCAUACAAUUUACUUUACGUUUUAGGCAUAAAACACUUUAGUUUGCCUCUUAGAAUGCUAAAGACCACUUUUCAAAGGAAUGAAUUUUAAAAAUUUCCAGAGCAUACCAGACCCCACCGACCCCUGCUGAAAUAUUCUUGUAUCCACCCCAGAGAAUAAGGUAGUAAACUUCAGAUGAAAAUGUGGUGGUUUAUGCUAAGGGUUCCAGGGGCCCCAGCAGCAAAUAAAAAUUUGAAAAGUUAGCUUAAGCUGGGAAUGGCUUUUAUCCUACAAUAUUAUAAAUAUGUAUUAGCAGUGGUCAGGGUUGCCCUAGGCUGUUAAACAGGAUUUGGGGUUUUUAAAAUAAUAAUGUAAAUGGGGAGAAGUGAUGACUGGAAAUAAUCUGUGUCAUCUGUGUUCACAGUCUAUAAAACUUUAUAACUGGACUCAAGCAAAAUGUCCAAAUUUGGUUCUCUUUCAAAACAAGGAACAAGUACAUGGGGAUUCAUUCUAAGUUAAAACUAAUAAGCUCUGUUGUAAAGCUGGUCAUACUGACUUAAACAAAAAACAAACUUUCAGUUUCCAUGUAGGAAUGUCAGUAAGAUUACAGUUGAACCUCGACUCAUUGGCCACCUACAUGUAUUAAUAAAGUGGGUUAAGCAGCCACUAAUUAAAGUCCUGAAAUAAUAUAAUGUUCACUAUUAAGUGUCCACCUCUAUCGCCUCCCCCUCCACGUUGUCCAACAUUUGUUCAUCCUAACGAGAUUUCUCUUAUAGUUGCUACCUCUAUUAAGCAGCCACCAAGUCUUGAUAUACUUUAUAGAUUGGCUUAAUAUUAACCGUAUGAUGAAGGAAAGAAGGUGAUGACUAGGAUAGAGAUAGAAUAAGAUGAUUGGUUGUGGUCUAGUAAUGCUGCUCCCAUUGCAUGUUUACUUUAGAUUAUGCUAAUUUAUGACGAACUUCUUCUGAGUGGCUAACCUCAUUAACCUGCCACUUGCGGGUACCCAGGGGUUGGCGAUUCAACUGUAUUUACUUUUUGUUAUGGCCACUUUCUUUCAGGUACAAACAGAUGCCCAGCAGAUUGGUCCAACUCAGUUCGUUUUCAACUUGCUUGAUGUUGAAAACAUUCAUCACGUGGUAGUGUUCCUAACAGGUGUGACUCCAUUCCCUGAUGGAAUGGGCGGGGCAGUCUACUACUGUUAUCCAACCCCUGAGGGACCUACUUCACAACUUUUGGGAUUUAUUGCUAAUAACAAGCCUAGUGCCAUAUUUAAACUGGCCAAGGUAUAUGUUGCAUUUCAUGUGAACUCUCUGCUUUUUACAGUGUUUAACAGAAGCCAAGGUGUCUAGAGCAUUUGAUUAACAGUUAUUUAAAGGGCCAAAAAAAGCUCAUAGAAAUUACACUGCACUUCUGUUGGGGCACAGAAAUAUAGAUAUACAAUGAGAAGUACCUCUGUCGCUGUAUAGACUGAUACACAAACAAAGAAUGCAUUUAUGUUUGCAAAAUAACAACCCCCAAAAUGAGAAAGUGAUUCAGCCUUGCUUCUCUGCAGUUGGCCUUCAUGUUCCACAUAUAUUUCCUCUUUUGGUUUCGUUUGGUUUUGUCUUUUUCCAAACCAAAGCACAUGCAUGUGUGGUGUGUCCACACAUGUCCUCAAACGUCACGUUUGGGAUACUUUGGAUAGGAAAUAAAUAUGAAUGCUUCUCCUUUUGUAGGUGAGACCAGAGGAAAGAGUGCAGAACCCUUUUUUAAUGGAUGCCAGUGGGACCACACACACAGGGGCUCAAAUAGGUAUAUCAAUUGAGCCCUUAGACCAGCUCGCUCAGCAGACACCCGCGUGCAAUUCGACGCCGUCAAAUUUGAACACUUUUGUUGAAUAUACACAGAAAAUGCUGGAGAAUUUCUUCAAUUUCGCGUCUUCCUUUGCAAGAACGCAGGCAGAAAUGACACCAAAUCCUUCGGAGAGUUUCGUUCCACUUAGCGUGGUACAAAGGUGGUAUGAGAACUAUCAGAGGAAAAUGGCACACGAUCCAAACUUCUGGAAAGGGUGA